AUGACAAAAAAACCAUCAUCUGAAAAGAACAACAAAUCUCGUGCUAAAAAUAAAACGCCAUCCACCAUCACGUCUACAAGUUCAACAACAACAACAACAACAACAAUAACCAUAUUAUCAUCUACGGGAGCAACAUCUACAGUCAUACGAACAAUAUCACAACUAACAAUAGCACCAUACACGAAAAAAAAACCAAUAUCUAUAUCAUCAACAUUACUCACAACAGUAAUAAUAAUUUCAACGACAUCGUCUACUACCAGGACAACAAAAGCUCACUAUAUUCUAUUCAUUUUAUUAUUUCUAAUUAUAUCUACUAUGGUAAUCGCUUUGACUACUUGCUAUCUCUAUUAUCGUCGCAAACGACUACGACUAGUUGAUGAAAAUCCAAUCACUAGUUUAGAUACGACCAACACAGAUAUUGAUAACACUACCAAUAAUGAGAGAAUUCAAUCUAAGAGUUCGUCAAAUACAUCGAACACAUUUUCAUCGUUCUUAUCAAAUUCACACAAUGUAGCUAAAUCAUCGCAAAAAAUCUACCAAAAUGUUGGUCACAUGUUUGAUGAUGAUGAGUUAUAA